CCAAGCUGCGGGCUCAACUUCUUCACCAAGUUUAUUCUGUGCAUUCAAAGCCAAGUCAAGCUUGAAUGAAAACUUCAAAUUUUGUUCUAGCUUAAUUGGUAUCUAAAGCAUAGUGCAAACUUUCAUUCUUAUACCUUAUGGUGCAACUUCAUCCUUCUACCUUAUGGCGCGUGGCAUCAAAUAGUGGUAGGCGUUCAUAUACUAUAUAGGAGACACAACCUGCAGCAAAUCCAACAGUGGAGUUAAAAAUUUAGCAGCUUUUUUCAUAUUAAUUGUUGAUGGUGGUGGAACAGAAAUUGGACAAUCCAAAAGUGGAAGGACAAAAUUCUGCACCUGGCAACCAGCAAUGAGAGACAUAAGAUGAUUAAGAGCCCAAAGAAAGCAGAUUUUGGAUUAAAACAGGAGGGUCAUUCAAUUGAUGAAAAAGAAAAGGCAUCAUCAAGCUCAGCACAAUGGCCAAGGUUGAAGGAUCCAAGGAUUGUUAGAGUAUCAAGAGCCUUUGGAGGAAAAGACAGACAUAGUAAGGUUUGCACAAUAAGAGGAUUAAGAGACAGGCGUGUAAGGCUAUCAGUACCAACUGCAAUUCAACUAUAUGAUCUUCAAGAUAAGCUAGGGCUUAAUCAACCAAGCAAGGUUGUUGAUUGGUUGCUCAAUGCAGCUAAGCAUGAAAUUGAUGAACUUCCACCACUACCAAAUAUUCCACCAGGGAACUUCACCUUUAGUUCUCCAUCUGCUGUUACUUCAAAUGAAGCUAAUAGCAUAUCUCAGCCUAAUGAACCACUGUUUAAUAUCAAUAGGAGCAUUGAUUGGGAAGGUUCAAGCCAAAAUUCUAUUUGGAAAUUAAAGCAUAAAGAAGUUUCAGGUGAAAUGCUUGCUGAUAAAGCACACUGGAUGAAUAGAAGUGAAGAGGAUAAGCAAGGAAACAAUGAAGGUCCUGCAGGUGCACAUGUUUUGCCAAAUCAUCCUUCAUUCCUAGACUUGCUAAAUACUGUGCCACUUGGUUAUCAAUGGGAGCCUUCUGGUGAUGUUUCUCAUCACUUGGGAAACCAUGGAUUUUUAAGCCAAACAGAUACACACAGCAUUAAUGUUGUACCUUUCCCAUCAACAUUGUCUUUAUCAACUGGGAAUUCUCAAAUUGUGGUGUGUCCUCCAGGAGUAACACAGGCAUAUUUCCCUUCACAUGUUGCAGCAAUGGACAUGGAUCCUAGACAAAUCAACCACUAUCAGAUGUUGAGUUCAAGUUCUCAAAAUCCAUCCUUCAGCUUGGCCAUGAUGACUCCAAAACUUUUCCAUUCACCCAACAACAGUGAAAGCCCAUCUCACAAAGACCAAGAUUUCCCUUCCAAGUGAUACACAAAUUCAAAGGUUAUCUAAAUUCUCCUCUCAAAAUAUGCAUGGAUCAGGAGGAAUGUGACAAAGCUUCUUUAAUUAGUUAUUCCACGUAGGGUUAAUUUGAAUAAUCAUUUUCUUUCUCAAUGCAUUUUGGAUUUUUUCUACUGUUUUUAAGGGUAAGAUAAGCUCUCUUUAACCAAGAGAAUAUAUGUGCUGAUCUGUUAACUCUACCUUCUACAAUGAGAGUUGUCCUAUUUAGAGAACACAUGCGCAAAACUUUUGGAAUUUUUUUUUGCUUUCACGAAGUGUCAUCUGCUCUAUAUGUCUUACUAUUGUUUCAUUUGUGAACCUUAAUUUGUUUCUGAUGUUAUUCUAUGAGAU